AUGGCAGGUACGGUGCAUCCUCUACGCACUCUCGACUCCGAGCUCACCAUGCCGGCAGACUUGAACAGCAACAACUCCUUUGACUCGGGCGCAAGCCUGAUGUCCAACUUCAACAACGGAGGCUUUUCUCUGGACUCGGUGUCCGCAUUCACGGCGAUCAACGAUCCUUCUGUUGCCGCCGGGUCUACGCGCACCGUGUCCCCCAAGGACAUCUUCAAUGAUGCCUUUGGGUCUGCGCCCCCAUCUACGGCGUUCACAAACCUGACCUCUCCCGAUAUCGGUGACUCCCCCUUCAUCAACGAUAGCUUCGAGUGCUCCCCCAUGUUCAACGGCGAGCCCAACAUGACCGACACAAGCGAUUGGUUCUCCCUGUUCCCCGAGCAGGAGACCAAGGUUCCUGAUAAUGUCUAUACGCCUGCCAUCUCCAUGCCUUUGGAGCGCACUAUCAGCAGCCAGUCUAUGGAGCGAUCUGGUUCGUCCAGCACCGGCUCCCCCAUCGUUUUGGACAGCUAUACUCGAAGGAAGUCAUCUGUUACCAACUCACCUGCCAUCAACGGCGUCAGCAAGUCUCGUCGGCGAAAGGGCCCUCUACCAAGCAUCACGGUAGACCCUAAUGAUAAGGUCGCUUUGAAGCGAGCACGCAACACGCUUGCUGCUCGUGAGUCUCGUCAGCGCAAGUUUGAUCAUGUCAGCACCCUCGAGCAGCGCAACUCUGAGCUGCAGGCUGAGGUCGAAAAGUGGAAGAGCAUUGCUAUGGCUCAUGGAUACAGCGGACAAUGA